UGCAAGUUUUUCUUUUUGGGUGUAAUUUUUUUUUUCUUGUUGGUGUUAUUUUUGUAAAAAAAAAAUUGGUCCUUUUUGGUCCUAAAGAAGAGAUCUUUGUUCACUUGGUUUAAGAAAUAGAGUAAUGAUGAGAAUGAUGAUGUUGGAGGAGAAGGUUUUUUUUUGUCCAAAAAUGGCGAAACAUCAUCUGUUUGGUUGUCUUUGCGGCUGAGAUUUGAACCCUACUUUCUUUGAUUAUUAGACUGAUAAAAUUGCAGGAGCCCUCCCUACCCUCUCGAUCUCUGUUCUAUGACUUUUCUUCUAAAUUUUUUUCACUACAUACAAAAUAGCAUCAUUUUCAGAGAUUGAUGAGAGAAAUGGUGGGUAGUAAUAAUCAAGAUGCAUGGUUUUUUCUAUGUAUUGAUGAAUCUGAAGCCAUUGGAGACGAAAGUGAUGUGAAGAAAAGGGGCCAUCACUUUCUUGUCAACACACUAUUAGUCAAACCGACCUACUCGUUUGUUGUCUUCGUCCUUUUUCCACGAGACCCAGAUUCUUAAAACGUUUACAGAAAGCUUGAUUCUUUAAGCAUUAGCCGUGAAGAGAUUCUCAGAAGAUUACAACACUAGAUUCUUCAGGUUUCUUAUGGUGUUUUGCUUCAUUUUCUGUUGUGUGUUUGGUAAUGUACUUGCUCCAGUAUCAUCAGUCUCAGAUGUGGGUGAACCAUAUAGGGAUGAUAUCUAGUACCAUUGGUGGGCUUUUUUCCUGCAGUAAUUGCAGGAAUCUACAUAUUUUUACAGCGUGGAAUGGGAUGUUUUUACAGCUGGGUUGAGUAAUUGGAUCUUUGUAUAAUGAUGGUGAAGGAGGGGCCUACUUCUCAUGGAUUCACUCCCACAAUCUAACGAAUGAUGAAUCUGAAUUAUUGGCUGUGGAGCUUCUGAUGGACACUGGGGGAAAGUCAGGGUAUCUUUUGUUGGUGAUGCUGUUCAUGUGAAUAUUUAUGAACUUUUCAGUGGAAAGAAGAUCUUCUUCUUCUUCUUCUUCUUCUUCUUGAAGUGGUCGAGAAUCUGUUGGUGGGUGAAUCCUCUUUCCCUCAUGGAGUGCAAUCUGAAGUCUUCAGUGCAAUGGGAGUGGGAAAAUUUGAUAUCUUUGGGCCCGUCAAUGACCGAAGUUCCUCGAAAGCUACGGCAUUCGGAGUGGGAAAUUGACGGGCUUGACUAUGUCUCUCUUUGUUCUCCGGGUUUUGGUGGAUUAGGCAGUGGUGGUUUAGGUUCUGAUAUCGGUCAUGCUUUCUCUACGAGCUCGAAAUCAACUUCCAUUAGCUCUUCAUCAACUGAUAUGAGGACAUACAACCUCACAUCAGAAGCCAAUGAAGAUCUCUGCAGUAAUGAAGAGUUGGCUAAGAGAAUCAGUACUUCCCCUUGGAGUCUCAAAGCUUCUAUCGAGCCAAUUCUUGGCUUAAAGCUCGGUAAGAGGACAUACUUUGAAGAUGUCUGUGCAGAAAAUGACGGGAAAGGCCUCGUAUCUCCUUCAGAAUCUCCGGUAAAGAGAUCUAAAUCGAUUUCUCAGAGUUUACAAGCUCCACACUGCCAGGUGGAAGGCUGUAAUCUCGAUCUCUCAUCAGCAAAGAACUACCAUCGGAAACAUAAGGUUUGCGAGAGCCAUUCAAAGUGCCCGUUAGUCAUCGUUGGCGGCCUAGAACGCCGGUUCUGCCAACAAUGCAGCAGGUUCCAUGGCCUCAGUGAGUUUGAUGAGAAGAAACGCAGCUGUCGAAGGCGUCUUACCGAUCAUAAUGCAAGACGUCGAAAACCGCAGCCAGAAUACAUGCAGCUAAAUCAUGGAUUAAAAUACGAUGGGAAGCGACAGAUGGAUUUCGUGUGGAAUAAAUUUGCGCUUGUCGACGCUAGGAGCGACGACAAGUUUAUAUGGGAAGCCAUGCCCGGUUCAAAGUCCAUGACACCGAGGGAAUCGGUUGCGAAACCUGCAAAAGCCGAGAGUUUUGAUGGCCGGAUUCUUUCCAAUGACAAUAAGCUUUUGAGUUCAGCAACAAUUCAGGACAGUGGAGGAACCUGGUUUUCGCCCCUCAAUACCAAAAUGGAGACAUCUGAGUUCUUCAGUAAAGAUAUAGGAGAGAUCACAAUAUCUUCUCACAUGGAUGGGUCUCGAGAUCUUGAUGGUGCUCUCUCUCUUCUGUCAAAUGCAACAUACCCGGUGAGCAACCUCGUAACCGCGAGUCACCACCUGGUGUCUCAUCAACUCGACUCAUCAUUCAACAACUUUCAGACAGAUCUACAAGUGGUUGAUGGGCCAACAGCUCCACAUAGAGACAUAGGUAGCCCGUUUCAGCUCCUCAGUGGACAGAGUAGUGAGAGCUGUUUUUGUCUGAAUCAGUUCAACUGAAGGUUCAUCAGCUGUUGUCAAAGGGUGAGGCAGGUAUUCUAAAACUCUACGGAUUCGAGACGAUAGAGAUGGUGAUGGCAUUGAUGUUAGGUUCUGAUAUGAUCUGCGAAACCUCGGAGUUCAGAUCGGUUUUCCUCCGUUGAUUUUCUCGGGAAAGAGCCAGAGGUGAUGAUUCAUCUCUCUUUGCAAAAUCUUACAAUCCAUCAACUGUGCAAAGAUGCUAGAGAAGAAAGAGAAAACGCCAUUGGAUGAACUCAAAACAAGAAUCUGAAGUGUGAUGAUAUGGAGGUUUCAUAGAUGGGAACCUGAGGAUCAUGAAGAAGAGUUCUGCUGCUGUUCGUUCAAAGUUAAAGACCAGACAGGCAGACAACGUGAAGUAAAAAAGUCCAAAGAUACUUCAGACAGAUCUUACAUGUGCCUUAAAAGGAAGACCACGACAUGUUUUUGGCCAAUGUCAUGGGGACUAUAUUGACAUGCAUAAUUCUAUAUAAAUUAUGAUGUUUUAAUCAAAUGAUUAGUAAGAUAUAUAAGAUAUAAAAUUAAUGA